CUUUGUUAUUUUAUUGUUGCAUUUUUCCUAGACUGCGCCUCUGCUCUCGAGCAUAAAUGGUAGAUGCUUGAAUCAAAAUAAGUCCUCGGUUUUCGAAAAUAAAUCGUCAGUUGGUGUUUCAAUCUGUGGCUAAGAACAUCAUCAACAUGGGCUCCAGAAUAGUUCUCACCGUUCUCUCAACAUUGGUUGCUUUCACAAUGGGUGAUAGAUCAGAACUUCAAGUCCUCCAGUCUAAUGGCCAAUUCUCAAACAAUCUUUAUAAAAUUUUGGCUGAAAACCCAGGAAAUGUAUUCUUUUCUCCAAUCAGUGCACAUGCUGUAUUGUCCAUGUCCUAUCUUGGUGCUGAAGGAUCCACUAAAGAUGCUUAUGUGAAAAGCCUUGCUUUACCAGAUAAAGAGACUACAGCCAACGGUUACCAGCAAAUCUCCAGUAAAUUGAAUAAUGCACCAAAUGUAACUCUAUACAUGGCUAAUAAAGUUUAUGUUAGCAAUGUAGCCAAAUUGAAGGAAAGUUUCUCAAAAGCUGUUUCAGAAAAAUUCAAUUCAGAAGUGCAAUGUCUCAAUUUUGCCGCAAGUGCAGAGGCAGCUAAUACUAUCAAUAAAUGGGUUGAACAAAAAACCGUAAAUAAAAUUAAAAAUCUCAUUUCACCUGGUGACCUCAAUUCAUUAACUCGCCUUGUAUUAGUAAAUGCCAUAUAUUUCAAAGGAACUUGGCAUAACAAAUUUGACCGAGAUGAUACUAGAACUGAACCCUUCUAUCUUAAUGAGAAUGAUAAAAUUGAUGUCCAAAUGAUGCAUGUUCAAAGUGAGUUCAGAUACAUGCACAGCGAUGAACUGAAAGCUAAGAUUCUUGAAAUGCCUUACACUAAUCAGGAAUUCAGCAUGGUGAUAAUUUUGCCUGAUGAAAGAGAUGGUAUCAAAGACUUGGAAGCCAAAUUGGAGAAGGUCGAUUUGACAAAAAUUACUGAAGGUACUUUCAAAGGUGAGGUGAAUGUGGCUCUUCCUAAGUUUAAGAUUGAAACCACAAUCAAUAUGAAUGAAGCUCUUGAUAAGUUGGGACUUGGUGAGAUCUUUGAUAGUUCAGCUGACUUCAGUGGAAUGUUAGAAGGAAAGGAAGCUCUGUCUGUCAGUAAAGUAAUUCAAAAAGCCUUCAUUGAAGUUAAUGAAGAAGGUGCAGAAGCAGCAGCUGCUACAGGUUUCCUUGUGAACUAUCUAUCUGCCCCUAGAAGAAGAUAUUUCUUGGCCGAUCAUCCUUUCAUAUUUAUGCUGAAGAAGUCUGCCACUGUCUUAUUCACUGGAAAGUGCACCAAGCCAGAAUCUGGAGAUAGUCAUAUUGCUCCAAGAGGUGUUCCCGUGAAAGAUCCUCUUGCCCAAAACAUAUAUGUCAGACUUGAGUGAAACGUGUACUUUAUAGUUCGUGCCAAUGUACGUUUUCUCUAAUGUUUAAUCAAGUCAAACAAAUUCUAAGACGUAAUUUAUCCUUGUAAUGGAAAACUUCAUCUAAUAUGAAAUGACUCUUUUUUUCAAA